ACUUGGGCACUGUAUCUCUUAUUGCACAUUAAGCAGAAGCAAUCAGAGAAACAAGGAAUCAUCAUGAUGAUCUCAGUUUACUUCAUUGUGCUCUUUUCAUGGACAACACAAGAUUUUGUGACCUGCGAUAAUUUGAAGAUGCAAGUGGAUGUCUUGACUUUAGCAUUAGGAGACUCUCCUACGUUGAACUGCACUUACAAUUGCUCCACUGGAUUUGUUCGUGGCUGCUGGACUAAAUCAUCGGGUAGCUCUGGCUGUCUCGGGACUCCCACACAAUGCUCAGUGUUUCUUCAUCUGUCAAAUGUGUCCACCGAAGACCUCAAAACAAACUACACUUGCUAUACAAUAGCAACAGAUGAUGUUCUGCUUCCGAGAAAAACAGAGCGAAUCAUUGUACUGCAGAUUCAAGGUGAAACUAACUGGACAGUUACCCAAAGGACUGAAACUAAAAAUGUGUAUCUUCCUGCUGAGCCAAAAGAUUCAUCUGAAGGAGAGUUAACUGGAAUCAAAGUAUUAGCAACAGUGACUGUUGCUGUUGCCACAGUGCUUGCAGCAUUGGCAGCUUACCUGUGUCUGAAAAGGAACAGACACUGCUGGAGCUGUAAAGGGGAGCCUCUUCGGUCCAGGUCACGCUUGCCAUUACCUCCUCACUCCGUCCAUGCUCCAGUGAAAGGGCCACAGCCUUCACAAAUUGAGAGAGUGACUCUGAGGAUUCCAACACCAGACAAUGAGAGUGACACUGAGGUUCCAUAUGCUGACAUAAUGAUCACUGUGCGAGGAGUCAGUACACCAGAGCUCUCUCAGGUUGGCUACCUGUCCCCCGGAGAUCACAAAGAGUGGUGGGGAGAUGAUUCAAGGUCUCAUCUGCAGACCUCACGAUCAGCUGACAGACUUCAUGUCCAGCUGCCCAGAGAGGUCAGCCGUAAGAUCAGCACCAACUCUGAGUAUGCCGUCAUCACGUACGCCUGAUGUAUGUCCUUGCUUCUGGAUGACGACGUUGUUUUAUUGUCAUACUUACGAAGAAAUAUUACAAUUCUUCUUUUUGCUACUGUUUUGUAAGACGGCGUAUUAGGGCCACUAUGAAAGAAAAAAAAAGUUAAUUUUCGAGAAAAAAAUGGAGAAUUUCGAGUUUUUAAAGACAUAAAUCUGUGAGAAAUCAAACUCAAGCAGCACUUUGGCCAUUUCACUGCAUCAUGACCUACUUGACAGCCUCAUCAAAUUGUACUUCCUACUUGAACUCAGCAAUAAGAAGAUCCUUCUGAUUCUAGCCCAGGAUCGUCACAUUAUUAUAAGCAUCAGGACUUUGAAAAGACAUUGCAGGUGUUGUGUCGAGAAACGCCUGCAUGCCGAGAAUUGCAUGCACCUCGCGGGAACGCGCACCACUAAUAGUAGAGCUGUCCACUGCAAUGUACAGUUUAAAACUCUGUCUCUGUAGCUGAAUAAAAGGUGGAUGCAUAUUUCAGCAGACAAAUCAGUAUUGCCGAAUUAUGCAUCCACCUUUUAAGUUAGUGUCUGAUGUUUUGUAGAGUCGCAACCUGCUGUCAGCUCAUAUUUUGGACUUUGUGGAUUCAUUAUUUACAAAAAUAUGACUUGUUAUUGUCUCUGCAGGCGUUUCUUUAAAAACUCGAAAUUUUUAAGUAUUUUCUCGAAAAUCUACGACUUUCUAAUCUCAGAAAUUUUGAGUUUUUUCUCGAAAAUUCUCGACUUUAUAAACUCGAGAAUUAACUUUUUUUUUUUUUUUCAUAAUGGCCCUAAUACGCCGUUGCAGUUUUGCGUUACACAGGUCUAAUUUCCAUAUUCUGUUCAUCUUCUUUGUAUGCUUUGAACCCGCGUUUAUGUUCAAUAAAGCCAUUUUUAUCUUGUGA